CCUCGAUCGGCUUGGGACUGUCCAUCUCAAGUCCUCCUACUCUACUAAAUACGCUGCAACAUGCCGAAUUUGCGAAGCGAACCUCUGCACAUCGGAGGUUCGUCGGUGGAAGUCACCGAGCCUGCCUUCGGGGAUUCUCCAGGAAACUUGACGCCUCCCCAGCAACAUCCGCACGGCAGUCGCGAAAUUCAAGUCCCGCUCCCAAAUCAGUCAGCUCUAAAGAGAUCCAAUUUGGAGAUUGGCCCGUCAGUGGACGGAGUACUCGACUCGAAAAGUUUACCGCCACUGGAUGAUUUAAUCGCACAACAUCCGGAGUUGGGGGAUAGGUUAGAUGAAGCAUGGGAGGCUCAAUCGUUCAAGGAGAUACGAAACUUGGAAAUUCUUCUUCCAACCGCCCAGCCUGCGGGUCCUCCCGACCCUGAAGCGAUACUUGAUUCUCAAUCAUCCGAAGAUGCGGCAGUCAAGUCGUGGUCUUCCAAAUACAGAGGAGACGCUGCCAACAUUCUUUACCAUCCUCUGGCAUGGGGAAAUCGCGAAUGGUCGACGAGUUCUCCAAGAAGCACUUUGUAGUCCCCUUCAAUCUCCGUCAGGGAGCUGAAGGAUAUCCGGCUCCUGACCAUGAUGUCUUGAAUUGGUUCACAAGGAUUGGCCUUAAAGAGCAUGAAAGCGAUACUCGUUUCAGCGCAUUUCUCACUGCAUUGUUCGAGAGGGUGUCCAACGUUAUUGGACCACAUAACUCAAUAAAAAGUAUUAUCGCCUCCUCUUCUGUGCUCUCACCGGCCG